CGCGCGCUGACCGUUUCUUCAGCGACCUCGCGCCACGUUCUUGACCGUGUUUCACCGCACGUGCUCAUGUUCUCUGGGUCGCCUGUUGCUGCUAGUGUUCUUGUAAAGCCCCUCAUCUGCCACGUCUAUUACGACCAUUUUGUUCUGUGAAUUGCCUGCCAGGACGGGUACAAUGAGCGACGAACAGUGUGAUGUGGACAUCAAGGCUGCCAGGAGGGCACACCACAGAGACGUGGAACGACGAAGAAGGCACGUGGUCAAUCAGACUUUCAAAAGCUUGCGUGACGCAGUGCCAGGUCUACAGCUGCAGAAGGCAUCGCGGGCUCGGAUCCUCGAGAGGACGACCGACUACAUCGAGUCCAUGCGGCGGAAGAACAGGGAGCGUCUGCAUUCCAUCAAAGAACUCAGGCGUGAGAAGGAGCUCCUCGACGAACAAAUCGAGGCUUUGGCGAAACUCAAGAUGACCAGGCGUGCUGCCAUCUCGGCUGCCUCCACGCCCAGCCCAUUGGACCUGGAGCGCGACUCUGAUGGGAGCUCUGAUUCCACCGCCGAGCCUUGCGGCUCGUCCGACCCAGAUGCUCCCUGAGCUUCCAUUUAGAGAAUCGACCAAUAGUAAUAAAACAGUCAUUGUAGAAUCA